GCGAGCCUUACAAAACGUCACGAGAUGCAGGAACAGUCAUGGGGAGUUGAGAAAAAGAAAAAGAAGUUAGCCAUCUGCAACAGCAAUUAAUGGAAUAAUUUAGCGACGGCUUCAACGACGAGCUAUCAGAGUCCACUAUGGCUAACAUUACGAAGAAAGUGUCGUGGUCCAGCCGAACUGACGAGUCGCUGUCAGCUGGGGAGACCACACCGUUGCUUAACGGCUCCGAGCAGCCCAGACACCCCAGACAGUUGUCUAGAGGAGGCAGGAUAUUUCAGCUAGGCAGACUGAACACAGUGGAUUUGGAAGAGGAGAUAACAUCAGAUGAGGACUCUGGUAGGGGGCGGCUCAAAGAGAUCCCUCACACUGAGAAGCUGCUGUCACUUAAAUAUGAGAGUCUGGACUAUGACAACAUUGAGAACCAGUUGUUUCUUGAGGAGGAGCGGAGGAUGGGUUACUUGAGUUUCCGUUGUCUGGAGAUCAGUCGCUGGGUGGUCUGCGGGCUGAUCGGCAUUCUGACUGGCCUCAUUGCCUGCUUUAUAGACAUCAUGGUGGAGAAGCUGGCUGGGAUAAAAUACCAAGCGAUCAAAGAGAGUAUCCUGAAGUGUUGCGAGACGUUUACAGCGGUGGGCGGCCUGUCCGUCUCUCUUCUCCUCUGGGCCGUCCUCAACUCUGCCUUUGUCAUGGUGGGGUCCAUUAUAGUUGCGUUUUGUGAGCCCAUCGCAGCAGGAAGUGGUAUUCCUCAGAUAAAAUGUUACCUGAACGGAGUCAAGAUUCCCAGGGUGGUCCGACUCAAGACACUGGUGGUGAAAGUGUGCGGUGUAAUCUGCUCAGUGGUCGGAGGCCUUGCUGUGGGAAAGGAAGGGCCCAUGAUUCACUCUGGUUCUGUUGUAGCUGCAGGAGUUUCCCAGGGCAGGAGCACUUCUUUAAAGAGAGACUUCAAGAUCUUUGAAUACUUCCGGAGAGACACAGAAAAGAGGGAUUUUGUUUCUGCUGGAGCUGCUGCUGGAGUUUCUGCUGCUGUUGGAGCACCAGUCGGUAAAAACACUGCAACCCUUGUGAACUGUACAUCCAUCGCCCGUGCUUGCGAGUACAUCCAUCGCCCGUGCUUGCGAGUGAUGGAGGCCAUGUUGGUUGCUGCAGUGACAGCAACAGUGUCAUUCACCAUGAUCUACUUCUCCAAUGACUGUCAGCCUCUGGGACCAGAGGACACUGAGGAGUACCCACUGCAGUUGUUCUGUGCAGAUGGAGAGUAUAACUCCAUGGCAAAAGCCUUCUUCAACACUCCUGAGAGGAGUGUCCGCAGUCUCUUCCACAACCAGCCAGGAACCUACAACCCUCUGACGCUGGGCUUGUUCACUCUGACCUACUUCUUCUUGGCAUGUUGGACCUACGGCCUGGCGGUGUCUGCCGGAGUCUUCAUCCCAUCUCUGCUCAUAGGAGCUGCCUGGGGCAGACUGUUUGGGAUCCUGUUGGCCUCUUCCACCUCCUCUGAUUCGACCUGGGCUGACCCUGGUAAAUAUGCCUUGAUUGGAGCUGCAGCUCAGUUAGGUGGCAUUGUGAGGAUGACUCUCAGUUUGACUGUUAUCAUGGUGGAGGCUACGGGAAACGUCACAUACGGUCUUCCCAUCAUGCUCGUCCUCAUGACUGCCAAGAUAGUCGGCGACUACUUUAUAGAAGGUCUGUAUGAUAUCCACAUCAAGCUGCAGAGUGUUCCCUUCCUGCACUCGGAGGCUCCUGCCACCUCCCACUGGCUCACUGCCAGAGAGGUGAUGAGUUCUCCAGUCAUCUGUUUGAACAGGAUUGAGAAGGUGGGGACCAUCGUCGACAUCCUUAGCAGCAUAUCUACCAAUCACAAUGGCUUUCCCGUCGUCGUGCAGGUUACCAGUAAUGAUGAGCCAGCGAAGCUCUGCGGCCUCAUCCUCCGCUCGCAGCUCAUCGUGCUUCUCAAGCACAAGGUGUUUAUGGAGUUGGCUCGGUUCCGGCUGACCCAGAGGAAGCUCCAGCUGAAGGACUUCAGGGACGCCUACCCCCGUUUUCCCCCAAUCCAGAGCAUCCAUGUCUCCCAGGACGAGAGGGAGUGUAUGAUGGACCUCACCGAGUUCAUGAAUCCAACACCUUACACUGUGCCACAGGAAACGUCUCUUCCUCGAGUGUUUAAGCUGUUCAGAGCACUGGGACUCAGACACUUGGUGGUAGUGGACGAUGAGAACAGGGUGGUUGGACUGGUGACCAGGAAAGACUUGGCCAGAUAUCACGUGGGCAAACAUGGACUGGAGGAACUUCAGCUGACUCGCUCAUAGUAUACAUACACUCGCGCACAAACCCAUGAACUAUGACCACCAAAAGGACACCAUCAAGAGCCAGGAGGUCACUUUUAUUCUUUGAUGCCAAAAUCAUCACCAUGAGAACGCAAGGUGACGCCAUCUAUAGGCCUGGGUUGUUAACAGAGUCGCAUUUCAAUGUCUUAAAUACUCUUGGUGUGAAAAUUGGAAGAAAUAUGCACAAAUUAGUUCUGUUAAUCAUGUGUGAAAUUAUUUAUUUUGAAAGGACACUCUUGUUUGUUUCUUGUUUGUUAUCAUUUUGACUAUGUGCAGUUUUUUCCUGUUCAUACACGUUCACAGCCACUUUACAAGCUAGAGCAGAAGAAAUCCAGGUGAGAAGAAUUGGUGUGACCUGAAUCCUCUUGUUCUGUUCACAAAAACAUCCAGACUGUUAUGUGGUGAUAAUGCUCUGAUACAUUAUUAAUAACUUAUAGAUCACAUUUUUAAAUCAAACGGAUGUUUUAUAUAUCUUGCCACUAAACUAAACAAGACAGUUAAGCUGGUUUACUUUGAAAACCUAAUUUCGAGUGUUGAAGAAUCGGUCUAAUUUAAACUGCUUCACUGACUAUUUAAGGUUUCCUUUGGUAGUGUUUUCCAAUUUUUGUGUAGCUUUGCACUGAAAGAAUGAUGUUAUUUAUUGCUAAUGUAAAAUACAUUUUAAAGUGUACAGAUUGGGCUCAUACAUGGUCAAGCACAGUUUGGGUUUCACACCCUCUCUUAUUCAGAACCUUUUCAUACGUUUUGAAGGAAGGAGAGGAGACUUUAAGGCUUCCUCAUUAUUUGAUUGUCUGCCUACAAGAUGCAGGGUGAGGUGGACAGAUUCACAGAGAUGCUUCCUUUUGUCUUUCUGUUGGCUUUAUGGAGCAGAUGUAUAUUUGUACUAGUGACAGUAAAAUGGAUUAGUACUCAUUGGAA